AUGGCUCAGCAAAUCCUUCACCAACCAAACAGCGAUGACUAUAAAGGAACGACAUGGCCGCCAUGGGGCACUGUGAAUCUUCAGGCAGCUCUUGACCGGUUCAGCACCGCCAUCAUGACGCACACGAGUUUCGUUCAAGCUUCCACCGUGCUAUCCUCUCUUCUCGCACUCACAGCUGGUCAAACGUCCACCACUUCUUCUAAUGGCGGGUGGAGCACUACGCUCGCUGGCACGCCCACCUACUUCAACCCGGUCUUUACCAUUCCUCCAUCUGCGGACAAGGGCGUUCAGCAGAUUCCCAACAUCUAUGAUUCACAAGCCGUGGAUGCGCAAGAUGUUUGCCCUGGUUACACGGCAUCAAACCUUCAACAGAGUCCUCGCGGCCUGACCGCCACAUUGACCUUGGCCGGAAAGCCAUGCAAUGUUUACGGCACCGAUAUCCAGGAGCUAGAGUUGAAAGUCGAGUACCAGGCCCAGGGAAGGCUGUCAGUCAACAUCGUACCAAAAUACAUUGGUGCAAGCAACCAAUCGCACUGGAUCGUCCCCGAAGAUCUCAUUCCGCGUCCUCAGGUCGAAGAAUCAUCCGAACAGACCGACCUCAAGUUCAACUGGGGCAACGAGCCAUCUUUUUGGUUCAAUGUCGAGCGCUCCUCGACCGGAGACGUCAUCUUCACAACUCAAGGCACCCAUCUCAUUUAUGAAAAUCAAUUUGUUGAGUUUGUAAACAGCCUGCCAGAGGACUAUAAUCUCUACGGUCUGGGUGAACGAAUUCACGGUCUUCGUCUCAACAACAACUUCACUGCGACCAUCUAUGCUGCUGACGUAGGUGAUCCUAUCGACCGCAACCUGUACGGUAGUCAUCCUUUUUACCUAGAGACACGGUACUUUGAGAAGGGCGAAAACUGUAGCACCAAGCCCUUGACGCAGUCCGAGAUCGGCCAGAAGAAAGAUGCCAAAACAAAUGGUUCGCCUUACGAGUCGCGUUCUCACGGCGUUUAUUACCGCAACACCCAUGGUAUGGACGUAGUGCUGAAACCUGAUCACCUAACUUGGAGGACUUUGGGAGGUGCUAUUGAUUUGUACUUCUUCGACGGACCUUCUUCGACGGACGUCACUAAAGCGUAUCAAAAGUCGGCUAUUGGUCUACCAGCAAUGCAGCAAUACUGGACUUUUGGCUUUCAUCAAUGCCGUUGGGGUUACCGCAACUGGACCGAGACUAGAGAAAUCGUUGAGACCAUGAGAGCUUUCAACAUCCCAAUGGAAACCAUAUGGCUCGACAUUGACUACAUGGAUCAGUACCGUGACUUUACGCUGGAUCCCGUCACUUUCCCUCCAUCUGAAGUGGCCGACUUCUUUGGAUGGCUGCAUAGAAACAAUCAGCAUUUCGUACCAAUUGUUGAUGCAGCUAUUUACAUUCCAAACCCGCAGAAUGCAAGCGAUGCAUAUGACACAUAUACGCGCGGCAAUGAAUCUGGUGUGUUCUUGUCCAACCCAGACGGCAGCCAAUAUAUCGGUGCUGUCUGGCCUGGGUAUACCGUUUUCCCUGAUUGGUUGUCGCCCAAUGGCGUAUCUUGGUGGGUGAAGGAGAUGGUCGAGUGGUACAAAGAGGUACCAUAUAGUGGUUUCUGGGUUGACAUGACUGAAGUCUCUUCUUUCUGCGUCGGAUCCUGCGGUACCGGCAACGUCACCCUGAACCCGGCUCAUCCGCCCUUCUCGCUUCCUGGUGAGGUGAAUAAUGUUAUCUAUGAUUACCCGGAGAGCUUCAACAUCACAAAUGGUACCGAGGCGGCGUCCGCUUCUGCAGCAGCUUCUGCUCAAGCUUCUAGGAAGGCAACUGCGACGGCGACGGUGACCGACGAAGUGACUUCUACUUCGACAAGCUACUUCCGCUCGACCCCUACCGCUGGGGAGCGAAACAUCAACUAUCCUCCUUAUGUCAUCAAUCACGUACAAGAUGGCGCUGAUCUUGCUGUUCAUGCUGUCAGCCCCAAUGCAACCCAUACGAAUGGUGUGGAGGAAUACGAUGUCCACAACCUCUUCGGUCACCAGAUCAUCAAUGCUACUUAUCAAGGUCUCAUUUCGGUGUUUCCUGGGAAGCGACCCUUUAUCAUUGGACGUUCCACAUUUGCUGGCAGCGGCAAGUGGGCUGGUCAUUGGGGUGGUGACAAUGCUUCUAGAUGGGCCUACAUGUUCUUCUCGAUUCCACAAGCACUUUCCUUUUCAUUAUUCGGUAUUCCGAUGUUUGGUGUCGAUACCUGCGGAUUCAACGGAAACACUGACAUGGAGCUUUGCUCUCGAUGGAUGCAGCUUUCGGCCUUUUUUCCCUUUUACCGCAACCACAACGUACUCUCCGCCAUUCCUCAAGAGCCCUACCGAUGGGAGGCUGUGGCUUCUGCUUCAAGGACUGCAAUGCACAUUCGCUACUCUCUGUUGCCGUACAUGUACACGCUAUUCAAUGACGCUCACAAGACUGGAUCAACUGUGAUGCGCGCGCUAGCAUGGGAGUUCCCCAACGAACCCCAACUCGCUGGUGUGGAUACACAGUUCUUGCUUGGGCCAAACAUCCUAGUCACACCUGUCCUUGAGCCUCAAGUCGAUACUGUCAAGGGAGUGUUUCCUGGUAUUGUUGACGGCGAGACGUGGUUUGACUGGUAUUCUGGCGAGCGUGUUCAGGCUGAGGCUGGUGUAAACACGACUAUCUCAGCACCUUUGGGUCACAUCCCUGUAUACAUUCGCGGAGGUUCAGUCCUACCUAUCCAGGAGCCUGGAUACACGACUACCGAGUCCCGUCAGAACCCCUGGGGUCUCAUUGUCGCACUCUCCAGCGAAGGCGGCGCAUCUGGCCACCUAUACAUUGACGAUGGCGAAUCCAUCGAGCCAGAGUCGUGCCUGGAUGUUACGUUUGCUGCUAUAAGCGGAAAGUUGGAGGUUGAUGUUCAAGGCGAGUUCAAGGACACCAACGCACUCGCCAACGUGACAGUGUUGGGAGCUCCGGAGGUCCAACACGUCAAGCUGAAUGGUGAGGCCAUAGACGCCAGCCAUGUCGAUUACAACAAGACCAGUGGCGUUUUGAAGCUGACGGGACUUACUGAAUUGACAAGUUCCGGAGCUUGGCAGGGUAGCUGGACGCUGACUUGGGAAUAA